GUAAAAACUAGGUGAGCGACGCGCCGCUGCCGGUAUAUAUUGCAGGCAGCGGCCGGGACCAUCACAGUCAGCUUCUGCAUCGACUCCACACACACCAUGAACGCCAAGAUCGCCAUCCUCCUCGCCCUCGUGGCCGUGGCCGUCGCCGACAGAGGCUACGGCUCCCACAGCUCUGAGGAGUCCUACGAGUCCUCCGAGGCCCAGUACAACUUCCAGUGGGCCGUGGACCACGACCCCUCCAGCAACGAGUACGGCCACCAGGAGGCCCGCGACGGUGACAACACCAAGGGCUCCUACUACGUGGAGCUUCCCGACGGUCGCGUCCAGAACGUUGCCUACUACGUCAACGGCGACUCUGGCUACAUCGCCGACGUCACCUACACUGGCUCCGCUGAGUCCUUCGAGUCCGACGAGUCCAACGAGUCCUUCCGUUACUAUGGAUCCAACGAGUCCAAGUAAAUCCAGAUCACUUGACCUUCUCGCCCUGACCAGACACUGUCACUUGUCUGAAGAUAUUUUUUCUUCGAAUUACGUCAAUAUCAUCAUCAUCAUCAUGUUUAUUUAUUUGCAUCCACAUGCGCAAGGAAAUAAAUGACAAUGCAUAA